GGAACAGCUACGUGAUAAUUAAAGCAUGGUUUUGAAUUUUGGAUAAAAUGAUAUUUAUUGAAUCUAUUCCAAACCAUUGUAACUGGACGUGACUAUUUUGACAAUAAGAAAUACCGGCCAUGGGUGGAUUAUGCUGCCGCCAGAAAAAGACGCAAGAACCUUAUAUUGUGCGAGAUAAUGUAUAUAGUGAACUGCCUCAUGACUCCAGAAGAAAUACAGCAGGUGCGGCCUUGCCCGAAGAAUCAUUGUAUGAAACAAUUGCCUAUGCACCAGAAAGCAUCCACUCUCUUCAUCCAAGUGCGCCCGGCCUAGAAGAGACAAGUGAAGUCCUUGAAAAUAGAACAGUAACAUGUACAUCCAAUGGAGAGGUCAGCGUGAAGAGAUCAGCGUUGUUCUGUGCGGCCAUAGACUUUGGUACCACAUACACGGGCUAUGCAUUCUCUUCGAAACACGACCAUACAAGAGUGUUCACAAUGACCUCAGAGGAAGGGUCUUCAAAGGUUCCAACAGUGUUACUAUUUGACCAGAAUAAGAAAUUUCAUUCGUUCGGCUACGAAGCACAGAAAAAGUAUAAAGAACUAUUAGACCGGGACAACCAUAGGGAAUGGUACUUAUUUAAGGAGUUCAAAAUGACGCUUUUUCAAUCAAAGGAGCUGAAAGAAAAUACACCGCUGAAAGACUUCCAAGACAAAAUAGAAAUGCCCGCCAUUGACAUUUUUGCCUGUGCAAUACAAUUCAUCAAAACGAAGCUUCUAGAAGACCUCGCCGAGAGAGGUAGUGGCGUUCUCGAGGGUGACAUACAUUGGGUUCUUACAGUAUCAGCAAUAUGGACGGAUUCCGCAAAGCAGUUCAUGAGGAAAGCAGCUGCUAAGGCUGGGAUAUUGAACGAAAUGCUUUCUUUAGCGCUAGAACCUGAAGCAGCUUCCGUGUAUUGCCGAGAAGACUUUCCUUGCGUUGGUAAAGUAGGAACGAGGUACAUUCUUCUUGAUCUCGGUGGAGGUACUGCUGAUAUAACGUGCCACAGAGUUGAAGAUGGUGGAUUGAAGGAGUUACACAUACCACAAGGGGGAGGGUUUGGAGGGACGGACGUAGAGGAAAAAUUCAAAAAGCUCCUCGUUGAUAUAUUUGGUUUGGCAGCAGUUAAAUCUUUCAAAGAAAAACAUUUGAAAGAGUUUUGGGAGAUGUUGGCCGACAUUGAGAUAUCGAAAAGAAAGUUUGAUGGGAAUGAUCAACUUGUUGUAAAUUUUCCUGCGCAAUUUAGGGAAAGUUUUGGCGAACAGGAACAUAUUGAUGAUGCUUUGCAGAAAGCAGGAUGCUAUAAAGAUAUCGAAAUCAAACGCGGCAGAAUGUUCAUUUCGAAAGACAAAGGACAAUGGAUCUUUGAUAAAACAAUAGAUCAAGUUAUCGAAAGAACACAAAUUCUCUUAAAAGUGAUUGGCGAUGUUGACUAUAUAGUACUAGUUGGUGGGUUCUCAGAGUCAAAAUACCUUCAGACGAGAAUGAAAGAAACAUUUGGGGACAAAAUUGUAGCGCCUAUAGAGCCAAGGACCGCCGUUAUGAGAGGAGCCGUGUUGUUUGGUCAGAGUCCUGCUGCAAUUCAAACUAGAGUAUCAAAGUAUACCUACGGUAUCGCAACAAUGAACCGUUUCAAGCCUGAAAUACAUUCAGAAGAAAAACGAAUCGUGAUUGACGGACACGAGUAUUGUGAUGACAUAUUUGAAAAGCAUGUUACCAUUGGACAAGAGAUAACUGUCGGACAAAACAUGAAAGAGAUGACCUAUCAUCCAACUAUAGAUAACCAGGCACACGCUGCCCUGCAGGUGUUCGCGAGUUCAAAAGAAAGCCCCGAGUACGUGACGGAUGAAGACUGUCAGCAGGUCGGCUUGGUGCUUGUGGAAUUGAAUACAGACCGCAAGAGGGACUUUGAAAUCAAAGUUAAACUAAUAUUUGGUGGAACCGAGAUACAGGUGGAAGUCCGGGAUGGACACGGAAAAUCUAUUAAAGAAGCCAGGAUGGGCUUCUUAGGCUAGUUCAGCAAGUGUGACUUGGCAGACUGUUUUUGUAACUGAUGGUAUUGUGUCAACACUUACAAUUCUAAACAUUCUUGAUAUAUUUAUAGCAUGCUAACAGGACCACUUUUACCACAAAAAUGUAAUGAAAUACAACAUAUACAUAUGAUAUGUAGCCAAAAAUUACCAACGUUCGGAAAAGUGAUUGCGAACGAAAAUACUUAUGGUUGAUCAGUUGGAAUGAAAUAAAUUUAUUUUUCUAGAUAUAUAACUUUUGAAUAGUUUUCUUGUGAUUUGGUAUAUAGGUUUACAGUACGUUUUUGUGUAUAUACUGCCUGUACUAAUUUCUUAGUAUUCUUUUCCCGGUCUUAAAUAUUUUGUCCGAACUGUUUUUAUU